UGUAAUGAGAGAGGAAUUGGGCAAGAAACUGGAUCACACCCUCAGGCAAUGUCGGGGGACCAAUUUGACUGGCCUAUUAAGCGAGGACCGGGUCGUGUCCUUGUCUCUUGAAAAGACAGACAUCAUUUGCAAGUAGCAAACGUACUAAUCAACACUUUACAAAAUGGCAUUCAAACUUUUCGUCUUCGCCGCCUUCUUGGCCAUGGCAUCAGCUGGAAUCAUUUCCUCUCCAGUGCACUACACAUCACCUCUGAGUUAUUCAGCGCCUUUGACUUAUUCGGCUCCAGUUGUGAAGACAGUUGCGGCCGCUCCAGUUCUCGCUCACUCCAGCUCAUCAAUUGUCAAAACUGUGAAUACCGUUCCCCAGGUGUACAGUUCUCCAGUUUACACAUCAGCUUACGCUGCACCAGCUUACGCUCAAACUUAUGCUGCUCCAGCUUACGCCGCUCCAGCUUACACAGCACCAAUUGUCAAAACAAUUGCCUCGCCAGUCGCCUACUCAGUUCCUUCUUACGCCAAAGUUGCCGCUCCUCUGACUUACGCUUCAGCUGGAUGGGGAUCAGAAGAUGGUCCAUUAGAUCGAGCUUCAAAAAAUGGUCCAAGAUAUUAUGGACCAGAAAAUGAAAGUGAUCCAAAGUAUUUUGAACCAGAAAAUACUUCAUUACCUUUGGGACCAGCAAAUGGUCCUCUAGGUCAAUGGAAAAACAAUGGUUCACGAUACUUUGGAUCAGAAGAUGGACCAUUACUUUUGGGACCAGAAGAUGGUCCACUAGAUCAAGCUUCAAAAAGUGGUCCAGUAUAUUCUGCACCAGAAAAUGGUCCACUACUUUUGGAACCGAAAGAUGGUUCACUAGUUCUCAAACGCAACGGUCCUCUAGGUCAAUGGGAAAACAAUGGUCCAAGAUAUUUUGGAUCAGAAGAUGGACCAUUACUUUUGGGACCAGAAGCUGGUCCACUAGAUCAAGCUUCAAAAAGUGGUCCAAUAUAUUCUGGACCAGAAAAUAUUCCACUACUUUUUGAAUCAAAAGAUGAUUCACUAAUUCUGUGUCCGGAAAGUGAUCAAACAAAUGGUCCUCUAGGUCAAUGGAAAAACAAUGGUCCACGAUACUUUGGAUCAGAAGAUGGUCCAUUACUUUUGGGACCAGAAGAUGGUCCACUAGAUCAAGCUUCAAAGAGUGAUCCAAAGUAUUUUGAACCAGAAAAUACUUCAUUACCUUUGGGACCAGCAAUACAGUCCCAAAGUCUCAGUACCAAAUUUCCAACACUAAACAUUUUUCAGUUCAUCGCACUCGCCGCCUUCUUGGCAUCAGCCCAAGCCGGCUUCAUUGGAGGACACCACUCCCCAUUGGCUGUUCCAUUAGCCUACGCGAGCGCACCAGUUGCUCAGGCAGUGAUCACCAAGACAGUGGACGCUGAAUACGAUCCUCAUCCUCAGUACAGCUACGCUUACGAUGUUCAGGAUUCUCUGACAGGCGACUCCAAAUCCCAACACGAAACUCGCGACGGAGAUGUUGUGAAGGGAAGCUACUCUCUCUUGGAGGCCGAUGGCACCAAGAGAGUCGUAGACUACGUGGCUGACCCCAUCAACGGAUUCAACGCCGUUGUCAGGAAGGAGCCAACUCUCGCCGUCAAAACUGUCCACGCCGUCCCAGUCGUCCACUCUGCUCCAGUCGUCCAAGCUCAAACCUACGUGAAACCAGUUGUGCAAGCCGCCGUCGUCAAGACCGUCCUCCCCGCUGAAACCACCAUCUCCAAGUACUCCACUGGCUUCACCCAUCAUGCUCCAGUUGCUCACACUGUCGCUGAAUAUGCACCAGUAGCUCACACUUACGCCGCAUACUCUGCACCAGUAGCUCAAACUUAUGCCGCAUACUCUGCUCCAGUUCAAGCUCAUUACGGAGCUCCAGUUGCUGCCGCAUGGUGA